CGUUAUAAAACCCCUGCCAGCAUGAUCGCGGCACCCCCAGCGGCCUCCUGCAUGUGCGACCCCCGGCUCGGCAGCAUCUCGGCUCCCGCGCAAGAUGAGGCUGCUGCUUGCGCUCCUGGCUCUCGGCGCGGCCCGACCGGUGGCCUGCGCAGAGUCCCACUGGUGCUACGACAUUCAAGCCGAGGCUCCCAACUCCGUCUGCGAGGGGCCAGACAAGUGGGGCGGAGACUGCCAGAAGGAGCAGCAGUCCCCCAUCAACAUCGUCACCACAAAGGCAGAGGUGGACCACAACCUGGGGCCCUUCUCCUUCUUUGGCUAUGACGGGAAGAAUACGUGGACUGUCCAAAACAAUGGGCACUCAGUGAUGGUGCUGCUGGGGGACAAUGUCAUGAUUGCUGGAGGAGGACUGGCUGCCCAGUACCGAGCCAAGCAGCUGCACCUGCACUGGUCUGUGGAGCUGGAUCGGGGCUCGGAGCACAGCCUGGAUGGGGAUCGCUUUGCUAUGGAGUUGCACGUAGUACAUGAGAAGGAGAAGCAGACAUCGAGGAACCAGAAAGAGGCCCAGGACUCCAACGAUGAGAUUGCAGUGCUGGCCUUCCUGGUGGAGGAUGGAUCCGAGGAGAAUGAGGGCUUCCGGCCGCUGGUGGAGGCGCUGUCCAAAAUCCCCCAGCCCAAUACGAACACCACGAUGAGUGCCAGCUUGUUAGACCUGCUACCCAAGAAGGAGAAGUUGAGGCACUACUUCCGCUACCUGGGCUCACUCACCACGCCAAACUGCGAUGAGAAGGUCGUCUGGACCGUGUUUGAAGAGCCCAUUCGGCUCCACAGAGACCAGAUCCUAGCCUUCUCCCAGAAGCUGUUCUACGACAACCAGCAGAAACUGAACAUGACCGACAACGUCAGGCCCCUGCAGCGCCGGGGAAAGCGCCCCGUGUUCAAGUCCCAGGCAGCGGGCCUGCUGCUGCCCUUGCCCCUGCCCGCCCUGCUGGCUCCCACGCUCGCUGGCCUGGCGGCUGCCUUCCUCCACUGAAGGCUCACUGCUGGACUCUUGACCUCUGACCUCAACCUUUAGACUUCGACCUCUGUUUCUCGGGCUUCCUGGAGUGGAAUUUGGGGAUGAUUAAAUAUGGGUAUAUUUUUGGAUAAA